ACCCUGGUUUUGCUGCUGGCCUUAUCAGGAUGCACUUCCACGAUUGCUUCGUCAGGGUAUAUAUUAUAUAAUUCGUUUAAUUUAGAUAUUAUAAUCUUCUUUUUGUUUAAUAUAAUUCCCAUAUCGAUCUAUCUAUAUGUGGUUUUAAUUACAUUACAGGGUUGUGAUGCUUCUGUAUUGUUGGAUGGAAACAACUCGGAAAAGCAAAGUAUACCAAACAAGGGAAGCCUAAGAGGUUUCGAAAUAAUAGACGCAGCAAAAGCCGAACUAGAGCUGAAAUGCCCUGGAAUCGUGUCAUGUGCAGACAUUCUUGCAUUCUCAGCCAGAGACAGCGCCUCGAGAGUUGGCAACAUUUACUACGAAGUCCCCGCUGGACGCCGUGACGGAAAUGUUUCCAACACACUUGACCCACUUUUAAAUCUUCCCCCACCUUUCUUCGACGCCACUUCUCUCAGAGACAAUUUUGCCAGAAAGGGUCUCUCGCUCGACGAAAUGGUGACGCUUUCAGGGGCCCACUCCAUCGGAAUUGCUCAUUGCACUUCCUUUUUAGGCCGUCUAUACCCGACAGUGGACCCCACUCUGGACCCCAAGUACGCUGCUAAGUUGAGAAAGAUAUGCAAAGCGCCUGUUGCUAAUGCGACCGGUCCACCGAAAGUGAACCCCACAGUCGAUCAGGAUACGAUCACUCCAAAUCGCUUGGACAAUUUAUACUACUUGGGAUUGAAACAGAAAAAGGGGCUUUUUAAGUCGGAUCAGGAUCUUAUGACAAGCCCUUUGACUUCCAAUAUUGUGCUCAACAAUAUUCAGUUUGGUCUUGUUUGGGCAGACAAGUUUGGCGCUGCCAUGGUCAAGAUGGGCAACAUUGAUGUUCUCACCGGCAACCAAGGCGAGGUCAGGCUAAAUUGCCGUCUUGUCAAUACUGUUGGGGUUAAUACCAUGAGAAAAUAAUAUCUACAAUUACAAAUUAAUUCCGAUUGGAUCUUGGAAAUUUGUGUUCAACUUUAAAUCCCAGAAUGACUCUUCAUAUUUAUAUU